AUGGACCCCUUCACGAGUACACCCCUCCGCGCAUGGAAGCUGGAAACAAACCAUGAUGCGAACGGAGACCGGCACCAUCGGCUCUCAGCAGGCUCCGAAUGCUGGCGGGCCGUGAGAUGCUUAGGGAGCGGGUCCUUUGGAGAUGUUUGGCAGGAAACCUGUUUAUCAGGGCCCUCACAAAAUGCGGUCCGUGCCGUGAAAUGCCUUGGUAAACGCCAGGCAAAGUUCACGGAAAUGUCGAGACGGGAGCUGGAGGCUCUCAUCACUUUCUCUAAUUCUGAUAUCCCCAAGUACAAGGAACACUUUGUCCAAUUCCUUGGCUGGUUUGACGAUACUGCGCAUUUCUAUCUUGCGAUGGAAUUCCUAGAAUAUGGCGACCUCCAGAAAUAUAUAACGAAGCCUUUCCCAGAGCCUGAAGCAGCAAUGAUCGUCACUCAGGUGGCUCAAGCUCUGCAAUAUAUGCACCAGAAGAAUUUUGUCCAUCGAGACAUCAAGCCUUUGAAUAUUCUCAUCUCCCGUCCUGGUCCUAGGUGGCAUGUCAAGAUAGCCGACUUCGGAAUUUCUAAAAAUGUGGAGGGUACGGUUCUCGGAACACACCAGCUUGGUUCUCCCGGGUAUAUGGCACCAGAGCUAUUCGGCGACUCUUCACAUUCUUAUACGGCGGCUGUGGAUGUGUGGGCGCUCGGGGCCGUGGCUUACUGUAUGAGGACAGGUUUUCCGCCACUUCGCACCACCAAACAGUUGCUCGACUACGCGCGCGACCAUAGGACACAAUUUCCCGUCCGGCCGCUGGGCACUUCAAGUGGAUUUUGUAUGAACUUCGUGUUAGGCACAAUGGCUGAGGCUCCUGAACGACGCCUUACUAUUGAGCAAGUCCUGGCCCAUGACUGGCUUUCCAUACAAUUGGAUACAGCUCAAGAUGGCUAUUUAGAUGGAAGCGUAACAGCUGCUUUGACGGCCGUGAGCAUAUCGGCGUCUAACGCGUGGUCAAAUACAUAUAGCAGCACUGGCAGCCAGCAAUCGCAAAUUUCAUCGCUGACUACUCCGGCGAUGACGAACUCACAAAUAGUAACAGAUGUUGAGCAAGGGCAAUAUACCGGGACUGAAAAUGGUGACGAGAAGACAAUUGGCGGCAACGAUUCGAAUAUUAUUCAAGGUAUGGCUGAUUUAGCCACGAGAUAUUACGAUAAAAAAAUGUACGGUCGUUCUGAAAAGAUCGGAGAGGAGGUGGUCGAUAUGCGACAAGAACUACUGGGUGUCAAUCAUCCAGAUACAGUAAAGGCCAUGUUGAGUCUUGCCAGGACGUAUCUAGCCCGUGAGAGAUAUGAUAAGGCUGAGAAUGUCUAUGUGAAAGUGGUUGAUAUAAGACGAGAAAUGCUUGGCGACAAACAUCCUCAUACACUUACUGUCAUGAAGAGUCUUACCGCUACAUAUUACGAGCAAAAGAAGUAUGAUUUGGCCGAGAAAACUGAGUUGAUUUUAUGCAAUUUGCAACGCGAAGAGCUUGGUAAUCGGCACCCCGACACAAUUCAUUCUAUGAAAAGACUUGGCAUGACAUACCUCAAGCAAAACAAACUGGACGAGGCCGAGGAGAUCUAUCUUGAGUUAGUCUUCUUGCGACGGGAUAUGCUUGGUAAUAAACAUGCGGAUACCAUUGAUGCCAUGAUGGAACUUGCCAUCACUUAUGGUAAGCAAAAGAGAUAUAACAGAGCCGCCAAGUUCUUUGUGGAGGCGAUCAAAUUACGAGAAGAGGUACUUGGUGGGAAUCAUCCAGAUACUAUUGAUGCAAAAGCAAAGCUUGUCGCGCUGCGCCAGGAACAAGGGCAGCUUGCCGAAAUCAAGAAGGAAAAGAGUCUCCAGAAAAGCCGAACAUUUUCAAAGCCUGUGUUUAGAGUGGCUUUGGAACGUUUGUAUGAUCGAGAUGGGGUCGCGGUGCCGCUAGUUUUAUUACAGUGCUUCCAAGCUGUUGAGCUGUUUGGUCUGGAUUUGGAAGGGAUUUAUCGAUUUUCGGGUUCAGCAAACCAUCUGAACCGCCUGAAAGACCAAUUUGAUGUCGAUGCAUCAAGGGUUGACUUGACAAAUCCGGAGAAUUUCUUUCACGAUAUCAACUCUGUUGCUGCUCUUGUGAAGGAGUUCUUUCAUGAUCUCCCUGAGCCAGUUUUUGUGUCGAUGAUUUACUCGCAGUUCAUUGAUGCGGCCCGUAUCGACGACGAUAUUCAACGACGAGAUUCAAUACAUGCCCUCAUCAACACUCUUCCCGAUGCCAACUAUGCUACUCUCCGAGCCACCAUUCUGGCAAGUGCCUGA